AUGGCCGAUAAAAAAAGAGAUUUAGAAGAAACUGAUAAUAAUAAUAACAAUACUGAAAAUGAAGAACAAUCAAAAAAGAAAUUAAAAGUUGAAGAACCAGAAAAUAAACAAGUAGAUGAUAAAAAAGAAGAAUCUAAAGAAGAAAAAGUUGAUGAUAAUAAAAAAGAAGAUGAUAAAAAAGUAGAUGAUAAUAAAAAAGAAGGUGAAGGUGAAAAGAAACCAUUAUUCUCAUUUAGUUCAACACCAGGUUUUUCAUUUGGAUCAACACCAGGUUUUUCAUUUGGAUCAGGCUCGUCAUUAUUCCCAACUAGUUUUUCAGCAGCCUCAAAUACUAGCCCAUUUUCUUUUAAUUUAAAUUCAACAACAUCUAGCUUCACUUCAGGUUUUUCAAAGCAAUCAUCAGAAUCAUCAGUUUCUGGCGAAUCAAACACUACUGAAGGUGAGCCAACCAAUGGCUGUGAAGAACCUGAAAACUCUUCAUUCAAACCAAUCAUCCAAGCUCAACAAAUUGAUACCAAAACUGGUGAAGAAGAUGAGACUGUUUUAUUCUCUGUUAGAGCAAGACUUUAUAUAGUUCAAGAUCAACAAUACAAAGAAAGAGGCACAGGUGUAGUUAGAAUUAAUAAAAAUAUUGAAAAUAAAUCUAGAAUUAUAAUGAAUGUAGACGGCUCAAAGAAAGUUAUUUUAAAUACAAAUAUUUUUGGUAAAAUGAGCAUCGAUGCACCAAAUGAAAAGUCGAUUAAAUUUAUAGGUUUUGAUAGCGAAAACCAAUUCAAAUUUGCCACAUUCCUUUUAAAACUAGGAAAGGCUGAAGAUGUCAAAACCUUCAUUAAUAAAGUUAAAGCCCAAAUAGAGGUAGCCAAAGAAUUUGAAGAAAAAGAAAAGAAAGAAGAAAAGAAAGAAAAUGAAAAUAAAGAAGAGAAAGAAGAAGAGGAAAAGAAAGAAGAAGAAAAGAAAGAAGAAGAGAAAAAAGAAUAA